CACCUGUUCAGGUAAACUGAAAAGCGGAAUUGCUGGAAUGUGCAAGAUCUGAAAGAGAAGGACGUUUGUGAAAAAGAAGAAACUUUCUUGUGAAGAGAACCAAGAAAGACAACUCUGCAGUAGACAUUGUGCCAAUAGAAGGACAGGAUAAUUAUAGUCACUGCCAAAGAGACAGCACUCAAUGAUGGAUUGGAGGCUCGGUUUUGUUCUUGUUUUGUCAGCAUUUAUCUUCAUCGUAAAUUGUCAAGAUGAUCAGAUGCCACCCAAAAUGAUCAGUACUUUUAACAGUGAAUAUUACUUUCCAAUGCUGUCAAUACUGACUGAUGCUAAGAUUGAAUGCAAUGCCAAGAAUGGAAAAAUUACAUAUGAAUGGAAGAAAGAUGGAGUGAUUGUUCAGAACAGCAAAUAUGUGUCUGUGGACAAAGAUACUGGAACACUGAAAUUUAACCAGAUGCAGGGUUCUGAUUAUGGAACAUACCAAUGCUUUGCUAAAAAUGAUUUUGGGACUUCACUUUCCAAGCCCUUUAAAGUGAAAGUAUCUGCAAUGGGAGCUUUUCCCUCAAAAGAACCCGAGGAAAUACAAUGUAAGGAAUUUGAACACUGUAAAAUCCCCUGCCGAGACAAACCAGAAUGUUCACCAGAAUCUGAAUGCAGAGUGGAAUGGAAAAUUGGAGAGGGCACCAAGACGAAUGUGGAGUUAUCGAAGAGAGUCGGGGUGGAUGGAAAUGGUGAUUUACAUUUCAUAUGGACAACAGGCUCAGACUGGACUGGAUUAAACUACAAGUGUGGAGUGUGGCAAGAACAACUCAAAAUGUUGGUUGUUGGCAGUCUAACAACUCUUAAAAUUCAGAGUACUAGUGUUGUCCCCAACUUGGAUCCUAUUGUGGUCUAUAAAUCCAAUGGCAAAGCCCAGUAUAGAGGAGAGGGGGUUCUCAAAUGCAUGUUUUCAGGAUAUGCAGCACCGGAUAUUGAGUGGGUUUCUCCUGACAAUGCUGUUAUCAAGAAUUCUGCCAAAUACAUGAUCAGUGAUUACGACAGGGUGCUGACCGUUAAGGAUGCAAUGCAGGAAGAUGAAGGUCUUUACUCUUGUAGAGGAAAAGGCACUAACAAGAUGAACACCCAACGAGUUUUUCUUAAUGUUACCUCUGCCCCGAUGCUUGAUCCAGAUUCCAAAAAUCCACAGAUGAAUGAUUUGCUGGUGUCAGUUGGAAAAAAUGCCACAUUUUACUGUCAGGCUGUAUCUUUACCCGGAGAAGAAGCACCAACCCCUCCAAGGUGGAUGAAAAACGGAGUGGCUCUAAAAAUAGAUGGAGACAAGUACAUUUUGAGCCCUGACCACAAAAUGCUGAUCGUGACCAAUGUACAGAAGGGAUCCGACUCCGGAGCUUUCCAGUGUAUGUCUGAAAACAGCGAAGGUGUCCUGUUCAAGGAGGCAUUACUCAAAGUUAUAGAUCCAAUAACAAUAUUAAAGAAGCCCCAGGGAAGCUACAAGAUCAUGCCAGGAGAAACCAUUAGUCUGGGUGUUUUGGCUACAAGUGAGCCAUCGUUGUCUUUGCGCUACAAGUGGACGUUUAUCAAUCUAAACGGUGAAGAGCAAGUGGUCAAAGACAGUGACUAUUGGAAGAUAUCCAGGCCUAAACUCAACAAUCUGACCAUUGAUGUCAGUCAGGUCUCCGAUCCUAGUGUGGUGCUGUCCUUGUCGGGGGUAUAUAUAGUGGACGUCUUUCAUAACUACGACUCUGAGAAAAUCAAAGUCACAGUGGAAACGGAAAUUAUCACGACCAUUGCUCCUGUGGCACCCAUUGUUCAAAAGGCCAAUAUGAACUUCAUAAUCUACAUCGUGGUGGGCGUGGCCUUUCUAAUCAUUGUCCUCAUUGUCGUGUUCUGCAUUGUUCGCAGAAACCAAGGAGGAGUAUAUUCUGUCGACAAGAAGGAAGUGGAAGCAGGUCACGACCCAGAAAAAGAGCUGCUAGAGAGUGGUUUCCAAGAUCUUUCAAGGGCGGAUGACGAUAGAAGUCCUAACUAUCCAGUGUAUGACUACGAGGACGAAAAACACAUUAUCGACGAUGAUGAUGACAGUCUCGGAGAAUAUGACGUCGACCAGGAGCUGAACAAAUUCAACGAGGACGGCUCCUUCAUAGGACUGUACGCCGACAAAAAAAACAAGAAACCUCCCAAGUCUGAGUCUGACGUAUAAACACAACAGUAUUAAUACCAUAUGAAUGACAUAGAAGGGUGUGUGUGUCUUAACACCAGGGGAAAAUACCAACUGAAUGAGGCUUGAAUUAUAUAGUUUGUCUUGCAUUUUCCUUAAUCAUGCUUUUUUUAUGUUUGUGAAUGGUAGAAUUCUUUUUUUAAAUCAUGCGCAUGAGAUUUGAUUGUGUUUUAAUAUCUAAUUCAGUUGAAAAGCAAAGCAUUCCAUACAUUAUUAUAAAUUCUUAAAUUUUUAAAUAUCAUUAUUGAGUUUUAUUUUACUUAUGAACCAUUUCCUUAUCUAAUUACCAAAUUACAUGUAUAUGUCAUAGCAUAACAUUCCAUAUCUUUUUCUUUAAGUUAUGUGGCCUGAAUAACUCAUCAGCAUCCAAACAAUUUGAAUAUUUCAAUAACAUAAAAAGUUAGAGUUUACUUACAUGACUGACAUAAAAAACUAAAUAUUUUUUACACCCCUGCCAUGUAUAUGGCCGGGGAAUAUAGUGUUGUCAUGUCUGUCUUCUGUCCAUCAUGCUUUGCAAAUAGCUUAGUCUUAAAGAAAUUGUUAAAGAUAUAAUUUCACAAACUUCAUAAGAUUAAAUAAAAACACUUAUACAGAUGAAUACAAAGAUGCAUACUGGUGAGAACAAUAUAAUUGAAUUGCAUCCUAAUUUUCUGACCUUGACCCUCCCUUUUGACCUUGAACAUUACAUCUUUCAUUAUUUUGUACUAAGUUUAUUCUAUUAAAUUCCAUAUAAAGAAUUAUGUCCUACAACUCCAUACACUGGUAAAUUUUCUGGGAGAUUUCUCGUUACCUCAGACUGGAAAAGAAGAUGGAUUUUUUUUAUGUUGCAUUACAAACAUAUCUUUUGGUGGGGCAUUCAUGACCCAUGCUACAUCUAAUGGACAUAUUUGUAUUAUUAUUUUAGUUUUUCAAUAUAUAUAGUGUAAUAAUACAAUUUACUUCUUUUAAUAUGGACAACAUGAUAAGUUACAGUAGCAUAUAUCUGUGUAUUCUUGUAGCUCUAAUGUGAUCAAUACUUUAAAACUAAUCUUUUUUUUGAGAAGCUUAAUGCAUUGGUUGUUUCUUUCAGUUUAAAUUUUGCUGUAGAUGUUUUGCAAGACUGUAGAUGUAAUUAGAAAAAUUAAGGAAUUUAAAAAAAAAAAUGAAAAGAAGAACAUUACAGAGGAUAAUUUGAGCCUGGUUGGUAUAUAUGCCCUGCGUGUAUUUUUGUGUACACGAUUUGUGAAAGGUGAUCAGCUGGGUUCAUUGUCGUCUUUUUUGUUGAAUUUCAUUUAUUAGAAAUGCCAUCACUCCGCGUUGUGCAAUUGUUAUUUACUAUAGUUUAUAUCUUGUUAUAUUUUUAUACAUUUGCAAACUUUAUAUACUUUCUUCAACUCAAGUCUCAGGCUUUGUAGCAUUAGUGCCCUAACCUGUGGACAAGUGUUCGCAAGGGAGGCAAAUGGAAGGGCACAUGACCAUUGGACCGUGACUUCUCACACCACCACCAGUGAGUCUUGCUGAUUGGUAGGCCGUGACGAUCAUGCUUGUCUGCCUUUCCAUUCCUUCUUUGUGACACUUGCCCAGUUGUCAGGUUAUGCCAGGACAGCUACAGAGGGGGACCCUUGGUUACUGUGGCUGAAGUACCCUAAUUAGUUCUUUUGCUAAUUUGCUAGGUCUGCCAAGCAACCGAGGAAAUUGGAUUGAUAUGGCAAUCUCUGGCAAUUUUUUCUUUAAAAAAACUUUGCUGUUAUUGCUUUAUCUGGCAUUUAAAUACAAUUUCUCUUUUAUAUUUUGAAACCAUACUUGUUUUUUGAAAAAAAUGUAACUUUGAAUACAAAAAAAAAAAAUAAAUCAGUCUUCAUGUUGAGUGGAGGAUAUUUGUAAUUAUGUUUAUGUGUGAAGAAAAAAAACAACCAAUGUUGCCAUGAAUCCAGUUUUUGACUUGUUGAAAAGAUGAAUAUUUUUGUCGAAGUUCUGAGAAUUCAAGGUCUUUUUUAAAGAGACUUUAAAAACUUUAAAGAAUUUCAUACAUUGUACAUUAUAGUUCUGAGGAAUUUGCAGUGUACUAUUGGUUAUGUAAGAAGUCAGGUGAUUUUUAAGACAUGAUUUAUUUAGGUAAAAAAAAAAUCACAAGAAUUCAAUUCAAUAUCUCAUAGAAAAUGUUAUUGACAAGUGUACUAGAUAUAAAAUAUCCCUUUAGAUUUGUAAAUUAAAUUACAUUCUGUAGAUUCAUGAAAAGCAUUUUUCUGUUUUAAUUAUUUUUAAGGAUAAACUAAGUUAGGAAAAAAACAAUUUUAAGUGUGGUAUUUUGUAUUUUGUCAAUAAAGUGCAUUCCAAUUUUAAUAAAGCUUUAAAUACCGAA